UCCUAACCCAGAGCUGGAUGUUCAUAGACUCACAGCAGACACUAUGUGCUUUCGUCCUUUCUCCAGGUGGUGGCAAGUAUGGCAGCAAUGGCGACCCUGAAGCUGAAAUGUCACUAGGGACUGGCACCAUUGCUGGUGUGGCCAGUGCCCUGGCCAUGGCUCUGAUUGGUGCUGUCACCAGCUACAUCUCCUACCAACAGAAGAAGUUCUGCUUCUUCAUUCAGCAAGGUCUCAAUGCAGACUAUGCGAAAGGAGAGAACCUGGAAACCGUUGUGUGUGAAGAACCCGAAGUGAAAUACUUAGAACUGCCACCGCAGUCUGCGGAGUCACUGCAGCCCCAGCCGCCCCAGAUCUGAGGGCCCCUCGAAGCAGCUGGCACACAAUGGCCCUGCUACUGAGGAUCAAGAUCCUUAUUUCAUUUGGACCCACAGUUGCUGUACUGCUCCUUUGAUAUCAUUGGCUUCCUGUUGUUCUAAGUUUUCUGGAUGAGCUCUAGGUGUUUGUGAGUUUGGUUUCUGUGCCCUGCUGACAGGAUGGGGUGCCCGCCCUACCACAGGUAUUCUGAAAUCCAGCUGCUAGAUCACCCACUCCCCAAAGCCAGCCUGUUCCAAGCCUUAGUGAGCUAGGGAGGGGAAGCAAGCUGAGGGAGGCCAAGAGGACACUUAAUGCUUAGGAGACAAGAGAUUGACUCACUGGUGGGUUUCUGCCAAUAGGCAGCCCUUGGUGUGACCGCAGAGCUGUCAGGGGUCUAGCUAGCGCCUGGUGCUUAAAGCCCCUCCAAGGAAUACACCAGUGAACACCAAGUAACACUGGGCACACACGGCACCCAGUGUGGGGUUGGAGGUGGAAGGGUUAUUUUGGUCAUUUCCAAUUCCAGCUUUGACACUCACUGCUGGCCUUCCAGAGAGCUGGUCCAUGUGGAGACUUUUCAUUUAUUUAAUUGCAAAAAUGCAUGCCAUGAUAGUCCUGCCCUGAGAGUUUAGGAAUCUUCUGGACAAGCAGAAGCUCUGACUCUCGGGUCUUAAUUCCCACGUGAUUCCAUAGGGGACUAGAUGUGGUCUCCAGGCUGACAUGAUUUUUAGGAAUCAUUUAUGUACUAGAAAUGUGUUUUAUCCUGGGUGAGGGAGGUGUUCACCCUCUACUCUGUGUUCUUAUUUUGGUAGCAAAAGCUAUAAACAUCAAGAAUAAGCAUCAAAGCCAGAAGCAUGCUUGUUGUUUGCUUAUAAAUAUAUUUGAAAGGGAGGGGAAGGAAGGGGAAGAGAGGAGAAGGAUGUUUGCUUGGUUUAGUGACAUAUGCCUGACUUGUUAAGUUUGUAGUUAUACUGCCUGGCCUGUUGAUGAUGGGCACUGGGGGCCUACUCACUGUGGUAAACACCAGCUUAAUCUGGUGGUGGAGAGGGGAGCUCAGUGUUAACAAUAACUGAGCACGUGGAGGAAGGAAGGAGACAUGGCAGCUUUGUGGAGUGGGUCAGACCCAUGGAACAGUGCCAGGCCCACUGCCUUGGCUACUUGGGUUGGGAGUUAGUAUCAGUUCUAUGAGGAAGAAGAAAUAGAGACUGAUCUCCAUAUCCCCAGUACUUUUAAUGUGCUUGUAUUUAAGUGUGAAUUGUAAACUGUCUCAUCUUUGCAUUAAACAAAAUGGGACCUAA